AAAGAACAUUUAUACGCACGCGUGCUCUGAGGCUGAUUUUGCUUCGGGGGGGAGGGAGGCUAAAUAUUUUAGUUCUAAUUUUCAUGGGUUCUUUCGCAUUUUUGUCGUGAUAUUGUUAGAAGAAACUUUCCUAUGUUUUUAAAGUUCGACAGAAAAUCGAUGUUCCAGGAUAGUAUAAAAUUGCCUUCAAUAGCAUGAGUGUUUCAAACAGAUUACAAGGACAAGCUGAAGGUUUGUGCGAAGUACUGAACAAUUUAGUUCACAAUAAAACUGAAACUUUAAUUCCUGCAGCAACAUACAACUGUGGAUUUGACUUCAUCAUUCAUUAUGUGCCAACUAACUUCCAUCAUCCUUUGAAAGAUAUAGUUAAUUUAAUCACUUCAACUUUCUUCCUGGUCAGUAAACAACCUAAUGCCCUCGAAUCCUGUCAGAAUGACAGUGAUGCAAGUAUUGACUUGGAAACAACAAACAUGUCACCAACCAUCCCUGAGAUAUCAAUAUUCACCAGACAAUAUGUCCAUGUGGGUACUCCAAUAUCCCAAAAAGUACAUUACCUUUUUCAGUCAAAGAAUUUUCAUGAAAGCGAAAUGGUUAAAACCCGUAAUUUUGUGGAUACCAAUGAGCUGGAAUCUUUGAACAUUAACGAUUGCCGAUACAUAGCUUCGAUCUAUAUUCAAUGUUUGAAAAAACAGCGAAAUCUACCUCAAAUGUGGUUGCUAUGCAACCAGGAUGGUCCGCAACAUAUUAGUUACUUAGGUAUUGUGCCUGAUGAUGCUAUCAAUGGUACUCAAAAAGUGAGAACAAUAAUGAUCCGUUGUGAAGAUUAUGAUGAUAAAAAGUCUAGUCAGACUUUGUCUAAUAUCAAAAAACAACACAUGUCACAGCAUCAAGUCAAGGAGAUAGAAACUCAUGCGUACGCACUGUACUAUCUCUAUGGUACAACAGAAAAGCCCGAGAUGACUCAAAGCUAUAUUUCCUUAGAGUUUCUAUGGAAUGGUGUCCGUGAAAUCUUUCGUCCUCCUCCAUCGUCCAGCAAUGCUGUUAUGAACAUUUUUGCCAAUCCUGAAGAUGUUCAAUCAAUUUUGCCUAAAAUUUCUGCAGAGCUGAACCAAUUAGGUGAACUUUUUGUCAAAGCAAGGCAUGAUUUUGGCAAAAUGGAUGAAGUUAUUGGGUUUGAUAAGAUGCAACAACAGAAGCAAGUCAUCAGCUUUCUAGACGAGUUACAACAACAGACCUUAGAUUGGGAGGGAAAUGAAAAUAGUACUUUCAAUGUGACACCCAAUAAACUUGGUUUUAACAUUUCCAAGGGAUUAGAUAGACAAAACACUGAAUGUGGUUCUAAUUUGGAUCAUAGUGAAUCUUUAUGGUUGUUUCUGAAAGAUCUUGCAUCUACCAGUGAAAUGCUAUUCUCCUUAGAGUUGAUAUUUGAACAGAUGUUCUUUGGGAACUAUCAGCCGGUGUUGGAUGCAACUAAUCAAACAGAAAUUGCCAGCCUUAUGAAAGAGAUUAUGAGUUGUACAACGGAAAAGGAAAGAGCCGGUAUGAAGAUGAAAGUUAGGGAUGCAUGUAAAGAUAUUCAAACCGUUGUGGAUAUUGGCAUUUGCAAGCUUCAGAAUGACUACGUAAACUUCUUUAUCGAGCAGACCCUUACAACUAAAGAUAUGUUGGAUUAUUUUACAAGAAAGAGUGUUGACCAAGCUGAAAGAUUGCAAAGUUUAUUAAAACUGCAUUGUGUUUUAUCAUUGGUAAUGCUUGCAGCCUCUUAUGCUCAUAUAGGUCAUGACGGAAUUACGACAAAUAGUACCAGCUUCUUUGAAGUACUAUAUGAACCAUAGUCACACAGAUAUCCCUAUUUACUCCCUGUCUCUCCCUGCUUUCUCUUCUUCUUCCAUCAACAUGAA